AUUGGCCAAAACAAAACUCCAGUGACUCCAUUGGUGGGGAUUUAGAUGAUUUAGGUUCUUCGUUAUGUAAUCCAUAUGCAAAUCGACAAGCUUCGAGGCUAGCUCUGGCGUUGAUUAUUUCUUAUCUUAUCAAUAACCAUUUGACCCUUGGAUUUACAAAAAAAAAUUCUGGCUGAGAUCGCCCCACUACAUACAUGUAAGAUUUCUACUAAAGUAUCGAUCUGACAUUCAAACACUCAAAUAAUACAUACUCGAUAGCCAAAACAAUCGAAUCGCACGUCCAAGUUUAAUUGUCAAAAGAUGCCAGUUAUUAGACCUCAAAAGGGGCCCACCACGGCACCCGCAACUUACAGUCAACCAUCGAGAAAAGGCAAGAAGGCAUGGAGAAAGAAUGUCGAUGUUACCGAAGUGCAGAAGGGUCUCGAAGAAUUGAAUGAAGAAAUCCUCAAAGGUGGUGUCAUAGCCGAAAAGCCUUCCGAGGAACUCUUCGUCAUCGAUACAGUCGGAGACGCUUCACUAACCAAGAAGUUCCCAAAGCAUACCUCGAAAUCCUUGAAAGCGGACGAAAUCAUUGCUGCGCGCUCGGUCAUACCUGCAGUAGAUUCGCGCAAGCGCCCAGGGGACAAGACGACUGAUGGAAUCAUUCCGGCUAAGCGACCCAGAAGGGAAUAUGUAACGCAAAAGGAGCUAGCUCAACUGCGCAAAGUAGCGGAUGGCGAGCAUGAGACAACAGUAGAGAUGGUGGAUGCCUCGUACGACCCUUGGGAGAUGGUACCGAAAGUCGAGGCUCCAAUCACAGAUGAUAGAGACGAUAAGAAAAAGGCCCCCAAGUCCAUCUCACGAAAGCCGAUAUCUCUAUUAGCAAGUGGGAAAAUGGCUAAGGCCGUACCUAAGCCUACGGGUGGAUACAGUUACAACCCAGCCUUUGACGACUACGAGGCUCGUUAUACAGAGGAAGCUAAUAAAGCUGUUGAGGCCGAAAAGAAGCGUCUGCAAGAAAAAGAAGCUGAACGAUUGAAGAAGGAAGCCGCUGCUAGAUCAGCCGCGGAGGCAGAGGCUGCAGAAGCCCGCGCAGAACUGUCGGAGUGGGAUGAAGAUUCCGAAUGGGAGGGCGUCCAGAGUGGGGGCGAGGAGUUGAAAGUUAGCGCAAAGCGGCCAGAACGCAAAACCAAGGCGCAGCGAAACAGAAUUCAGAGACGGAAGGAGGAGGAGCGACGACUAAGACACGAAGCUAAAACAAAGGUUCGAAAAGCUCAACUGGAAGAAAUCAAACGGAUUGCAAGGGAGGCAGCAGAGCGUGACCUUGAGCAAGCUUUAACACUCGCGCAAAUUGAAGAAAGUGGAAAUAGCGCGGAUGAUAACGAUGAGGAGCUUCGACGACGUCAACUAGGAAAACUUCAAGUACCAGAGAAGGACCUAGAGUUAGUUCUUCCCGACGAAUUGCAGGACUCCUUACGACUUCUAAAACCGGAGGGCAACUUGAUGAAGGAGCGUUAUCGGAGCUUGCUAAUUAGAGGAAGAGUGGAGGCCCGAAGACAUAUACCAUUCAAGAAGCAAGCCCGGACCAAGCUCACUGAGAAGUGGACUUACAAGGACUUCAGCAUCUAAAGUUGCCUAUCAGAAAUCUAGGUACUUACGUACUUGAAUUAAAAAUGCAUGAGGCCAUCAAUUUCUAGCAGGUACUUACGUGCAUGUCUAUGAAGUGUGAUGUUUCUGGUGCUACAUCGGCAUUGUCGGAGAUGUCAGAGUGCAUAGUAAAUAAUAGUCAAUCCGGCGGUCCCGGUUCCUGAACUACGGGACGCGAUAAUAAUUAGCACGUGUCUGGACUCUGUUUAAUAAACUCAAUACCACA